GCGGAGGAGAGUUGUGGUUGAUGGUAUUACGUAGCAGCCCUGCCUGAGUGUUGUCGCGAAGGAAAGUGUAUCCAGUGCGCAGUUUUCUGUUUGUGGACAGAGUGCAGUGGGUGUAGCUUGCUCAGGGCGUACAGAAGUGGGGAAACGGUUUUGAAGUUGCAAGGAGCGGGCGGAAUUCAAGACCAGAGCCAUGGCUGGUGUUAGCACGUGUAUCAAGUACUCCAUGUUCUUCUUUAAUUUUUUAUUUUGGCUGUGUGGUUCGAUUAUACUUGGAGUGUCCAUAUGGCUGCGGGUGAGCAAAGAAGUUGUGAAGCAAAUUGGUGAUGUGAAUAUUUCAGAGUUCUAUGCUGCAAUCAAUGUUCUGAUUGCUGUCGGGGCAAUCAUUAUGGUGCUUGGAUUUCUUGGGUGCUGUGGAGCCAUUAAAGAAAGCAAGUGCAUGUUACUCCUGUUCUUCAUCGGACUGCUCCUUAUUCUGGCUAUUCAAAUAACUGCCGGUGUUUUGGGUGCAGUGUAUAAAUCACAGGUUGAAUCGACAUUACAGGAAAGGUAUAAGCAACUUGUUCCACUAAAUAAUCAACCAGAAGAUAUCAAGAAAGACGUAGAAGCAUUGCAGAAAGCGAAUAAAUGUUGUGGUCUGGUGAAUGGCCACCAAGAUUGGACAACUGUACCAGUAUCCUGCAACUGCGAUGAGAAGGAUUCAAAUGACUGCACUGUGGUAAAUGGCAGGCAUAUUUGGGCCAAGUCAUGUGUUGCUGUGCUGACAGACAUACUGAAGGACAAUCUCGUUAUAAUAAUUGGCAUUGCCUUUGGGCUGGCACUGGUCGAGAUUUUUGGACUAAUCUUCUCCAUGACCCUGUACUGCCAAAUCAAGAAUAAAUGAAAGAACAUUUCCCACAGUUGGCAUUAUGGUUCAAUAUGGAUGUUUAAUGCUGCAUCUUUUGGCAUGUAAAUUAUACUUGAGCUUAAAUUGUAAUCUUGAUUUUUCUGAACAACUUUUGAUUCAGUCAUAAUCUGUAUGUCUUGGCUUAUUGCGAGUGCUUGUGCAGUUAGUUCCAGCUGAUUUGUAGUGUUCCAGUUUAAAGAUAUUUGCUUUGAUCAGUAAAUGUCUGUUUGUCAAUGCAUAGGAAUAGGGUGGUCUUAAUAGUGGGAUGAUGAUGAGGUGCUUAGACUUCCAAGCAGUGCCACUCCAAAUCAAGUAAAAAAAAAUUCAUCAUAAAUAAUUGAUCAAAAGAUGGGACCAUCACAGUGAGGAAUUCAGGGUGAAAUUGACCAAUAGCAGAAGUAGAGGUUUAUAGUAACUUUCAUCCUCUACCUGGAAAGGAACUGAAUGUGUGCAGAUGGGCUGACAGUUCACUAGGUACAAUGUUACAGACCAUUUUCAGCCCACUGACUCGGAAGAGCCAAGCUAUUCAGUUUAUCAGUGUGCAGACUUGGAUUAAUGUUGACCUGGAUUUUGCAGCAAGAAGCAAGUAUUAUUUGAACGAGUAGAUUGAACAAUUUUCAGUGUCCACGUGUAUUUAAAAUGCAGAAAGCACAAGGUGAUUGUUUGAUUUGCCUGACUCAUCUGUUUAGCUACUACAUUGCUGAGAUACUUCUCAGUUAAAUACAAAAAUGAUGAGAGUAACUGGUGAUAAUUUCUCCCUGAAGGUGACAGAAGGACUUGAGUCUUGUGCAUUCAUAAAGAAGAGAACUCUGAACUUUUUAAGUCUUAAUACCAAGUUUCAGAUAUGGUGUCUUGUUCCUUCAGAUUUUAAUUAUUGUUGGAGACUUCAAAAUAUUAAAACUUUUUAUUUCAUGGUCUUUACAUGAUUUUACAUUGAAUUAACUAUUCUAACCUACACUUUGUUUCAGACCAAGUGUCUCAGCAAACAUUCUUUAGUCUGGUUCGGGAGGUACCUGUGAGGACUUGUAUUCCUGUUGUCGUGUGUAAAUUUGGUGUUUGGGGUUACCAUAGAGUGUAAAUGAUGUCUGAAACAAUACUUCUUUGGGGAUCUUUCUAAUUAGAUAGUCAAUGGAUUAGCAUUACAGAAAACAGUCAGUCAUGGCUGAGUUUAUCCUGCUGGGAAUCUGCUAAUAAGAUUUAACAUUCUGUUGGACACUUGUUAACUGAAAAUGGUCUUUUGGAAAAGUUUGCAAAAGAUAACUGCAUACUAGCUCUUUGGUUUAAGACCUAGCAACAGGGAAAUUUAUUCUAGGGUAUUGUGUUUAUUUGGCUCUUAGCUAAGUAUGUGUUAUGAUAAACCAAACCAUGUUUAAUCAAUUGUUUUGAAGAGUAUGAAAUCCAAUGAAUAGAAUGUCUAGGCAUUGUUGGUAAUGCAAACAGAUACAGUCUACUGAUGUAAAUUGGUUAUAACUGUUCAAUUGUAUGUAGUCUUGGAGACAGUUGUAGUCUACCAGUACUUUGGAUUCUGUGGGUAAUUUUUUUGAAUUGGGUUUGUAAUCUCCAGAACUGAAGUUAAAACAACUACUUUUCAAUGUGUUUGUAUGAAUAAAAGUUGAGAGUUCUGAGCAGGGCUGCUUGAUGUGAAACUUAAA